AUGAAGAUCGAUAUAAAAAGAGGUUUCACAAUGAUGACAGCAAUCAGUAGCCAUCGAGCCAUCAAGAUGAGAGUUCUGAUCCUGUCCGCUGCACUUUUCGCUUGUGCGACCGGCGCGCCCUCUGGCGCUUUGGUGGCGCCUCUUUCGGUCGUCGCACCCGCCAUACCUGUCGCGUCCGUUAAUUCUGGCGACCUUCAAGGAGCGCUCAUCGAUGCUAAAGUCAAAGCUGAAGACUUGGUCAGAGCAGCGGUUGACCAAAAUAGAGAAGCCGCCGAGCAAGCGGUCGAGAGCACUAACGACAAAGUUAUGGAGAACAACGACCUUGCCAAGGAAAGGAGUUUAGAAGCAUUUUGGGCUGGUGAAGAGAAGAAAUGGCAAGCGUUGGACGCUCUUAAGACAGCAGAAGCUCAAAUAGACGGUCAAAUAGCCAGUACAUCUGACAUAACAGCAAAGAGUUUAGUAGCCCCAGCUGUUAUUGCACCUGUUGUUCCGCCAGCCGCGCCUAUUGUCGCACCGGUCGCGCCAGUAGUCGCUCCAGUCUCUCCUUACUUCUACACUAGUCAGGUUAUCGCACCUGGCAUCAAAACAAUUUCAACGUCAUUCGUUCAAAUCCAGUCAGAAGCAAAGAAAGCUGAAGAGAAGAAAGAAGAAUUCAAAGCUGAGAAACCAGAAGAGGCCAAGGCUGAUUCAGUGCAAAUCGAAUCGGCCGAUGUGAAGACCGCCGAAGCACAGCCUGAAGCUAAACCGGAAGAAAAACUGGAAGCCGCUAAAGAGGAAAGCAAAUACAUUAUUGGACAAACACCUCUUGCUAUUACACCCUUCGCUUUUUCCGCACUGAAGGUUGCUAGCCCGUGGGUGUCGGCACCUAUUGGUCUGGUACAGUCGGAUCUGAGGACCGUGGCAUUACCUGGUCAACUUUAUGCCCCGACCGUGAUUAAAACUGUUUGGUAA